GCAGGGAGGAGGCAGGUGCCGCGGGCAGGGGAGGAGCACGGCUCACCUGGGCGCAGGUACGGCAGCGGCAUCAGCGCGGCAGUCAGAGGACGCUGUCAGGAUGGCGAACUUCAAGGGUCACGCGCUUCCAGGCAGUUUCUUCCUGCUCUUUGGGCUCUGGUGGUCUGUGAAAUACCCGCUGCAGUACCUCAGCCAGAAAGCAAAUAAGAAAUCCCACAGGACUUAUUGCUUCCAACGUGUGGAUGCUAUCGAAGGGGGAGUCAAAAUCGUCUUCGCUCUAAUAGGGAUGCUGGCAGAGCAGUUUGUCCCGGACGGUCCACACAUGUACCUCUACAGUGGGGAGAACCAUGACUGGGUGAAGCUGAUGAACUGGCAGCACACCACCAUGUACCUCUUCUACGGCCUCUCCGGGGUGGUGGACGUCUUCACCUACGUCUCCCAGGUGGUGCCGCGGGGUCUGGACCGCCUCAUGCUCUCCGUGGCUGUGUUCGUCGAAGGUUGUCUCUUUUAUUACCACGUCCUUCAUCGCCCCAUGCUGGAUCAGCAUAUCCACUCCCUGCUGCUCAUCGCCGUCUUUUCAGGGGCCUGCAGCGUCAUGCUGGAGGUCUUCCUCCGUGACAACAUUGUCCUAGAGAUGUUCAGAGCUGGCGUCACCAUCGUCCAGGGAACGUGGUUCUGGCAGAUCGGGGUCGUGCUGUUCCGGCCGUGGGGAGGUCCAGUGUGGAAUGAGGAGGACCACAGCAACAUCAUGUUCCUCACCAUGUGCUUCUUCUGGCACUGGGCAGCCGCCGUGGCCGUCCUGGCUAUAAACUACACUCUCGCUUACUGGUGCAUCCAGAGGUGCAGGAGAGGCAGCGGAGAGCCCUACAUCAAUCUCGGAGUCCGGGAGCAAAAAUGUGACACGAGCUCCCAAGCCGCCUUCUUGAAUGGAUCUGAUGAAGAGUGAAGAGGGUGCGAUCUCCUUCUCCAAACGCGCAAAGAAUCCGUCUUCUUGAAGAAAAAAAAUAAAUUAAAAUCUAAUGAAAUAUUUAUGUUUUGGAAGAGCAAAGAGAGAUGCCACCGCUCUGCUGCUGGGAAGCACGUUGAGCUCACGGGUGGUAGCUGCCCUCCGUCCGCACCCGAAUAUCGCUGUCUCUGAAACGAGCCCUGUUUGCAGUGAUUUUUAGCAACAAAAUUAAGUGCAGAAAUUCAAGAGGAUGAAAUCGCUUAGUCCGAUGGGUUCCCAGGGGCGUUUCCAUAGCGAUGGACAGCAUCCUUUGGCCGGUUGACUUUUCCAAGCACCUGGAGGCUUUGACCUGCCGUGAUUGAAGUCAGGGAAACCUCCAGGCUGGGGUCAUGCACCUCCGGACCACGGCAUCAUCCCAAUGAGGAAGAGUAAAAGAGUGUUAAAUGCGAGAUUAUGUCAAAUUUGCAACAUCAUGGCUUGAUUUUGCACAAUACAGAUUUUAUUACCUAAGCCUUGAACUAAAGAGAGGUUUUGUUAAUAGUUUUCCUGUUCACUUAAAGGCUGAAAGAGUGAAUAAAUGUGAAAUAAAAAUCCUCACUGAGCUGAUAUCCUUAAAUUUAAGUCUGAUAAAUUAUAGAGUGCGUAAUAAUAGCUUAGACAAAUCCAUCCCUCAGACCUGUAAAGCCUGAAGGGCUGUAAGAUACACGGCUAAGCAGCAGGGAUUCAUAAAACGUCCCGGUUUUCCACUGAAAAUAAACCCCGCAGCUUGGGAAGUGAGAUGAAACAGGCACACGUGUUGUUUUUAGCCU